AUGGGAAGCAUAGGGACAGUUCAGAUGACGGUCCAGGAGCUCGCUGGCGCCCUGGGCACGCCCGACGUGCCAGCUCAGUACAUCGUGCGCGCGCACCAGGACCAACAGCUCGCCGCGGCGGUCGUUGCACCAGUCCCUGUCAUUGACCUCGGCCGCCUUUUGAAGCACGGCGACGGCACCUCAGACGAGGCGGCGAAGCUCCGGUCAGCCAUCGAGUCCUGGGGCCUCUUUAUGGUGAGUAACCACGGUGUAGACGCCGUAAUGGACGACAUGAUGGCCGCUUCGAGGGAAUUUUUCCGGCAGCCGCUCGAAGAGAAGCAGAGAUACACCAACCUGAUCAGCGGCGAGCGGUUCCAGUUCGAGGGGUAUGGGAACGACUGGGUGAGCUCGCCGGACCAAAUCCGUGACUGGACUGACCGCCUCUACCUCAAGGUGGAGCCAGAGGACGAGCGGAGCAUCGCCCUCUGGCCAACUCAUCCCAAAACCUUUAGGGAUGCUCUGCACGAGUUUACGAAGAAAUGCGGGGGAGUGAAGGACGACCUGCUCAGGGCAAUGGCGAAGCUGCUGGAGCUUGACGACGAUGAUUACUUUGUGAAACACUUUGGGGAGAGGCCUCUCACUAACGCGAGGUGCAGCUACUACCCGGAGUGUCCGAGGCCGGAGCUCGUGUUUGGCCUCAAGCCCCACUCCGAUGGAACUGUUGUUACAGUCCUCAUGGUCGAUGACAGGGUUGGUGGCCUGCAAGUUCUCAAAGAUGGGGUCUGGUGGGAUGUACCAAUCGUACCUCACACGCUACUCCUGAUUAUAGGAGAUCAAACUGAGAUAAUGAGCAAUGGGAUCUUUAAGAGCCCUGUGCAUAGGGUCGUGACAAACACAAAGAAAGAGAGGCUAUCGGUGGCACUAGACUACUCUGUUGAUCCUGAAAAAGAAAUCGAGCCAUCGGCUCAGUUGAUCAAUGAAAAGAGGUCGGCGUUGUACACAAAAGUGAAGGUCAAGGACUACUAUGCUAGAAAUUACAAUGAUUUUACUCAGGGCAAAAUGGCUAUCGAUACAGUGAAGGUCUAA